AUGGCAGAAAGAAUUACUUUAAGAAAAUUUUUGGGUUACAUAAUUCUUUUUGUGUUUAUUCAUUAUUGUAUUAUUCCAAUGAUUUUUGCACCGCCUCCACCAGCAAAAAGGCAAAAAAUUGAACAUGAGCCUCAACAACAUAAUGAAAACGAAAAUAAAGUUGAGGGAGACUAUCCAGAUAGUUUCCAAUUCCCUUACUCCAAAUAUUUGGAACUUGUCGUAAAAAUAUUGGAAUCACAUCCAGUUUUCCAGGAGAAAUUGAAAGGACUGAGUGAGACGGACAUUAAGGAAGGAAAAAUUGCUGAUCAUAUGGAUGAUCUCCCCCAAGAUGUUUUUGAUAAAUUAACAGAAGCAAAAGUUGAAGAGAUUGAAAGAAUUCGAGCAGAUUUGGAAAAACAAAUUGAGAAGGAUGGAGACGCGAGAAAUGUUGUUAUGCCUGAACAUUUGGAUGUUAACGAGUUGAAAAAGUUUGGAAAAGAAGAUUUGAGGAAAUUAAUUAAAAAGACUGUUGCUGAUAUGGAAAAAAUAGAUGAAGAAAGGAAAAAAGAAUUUAAAGAAUAUGAAAUGAAGAAAAAAGCAGAGGAAGACCAUAAAUUAGCCCAAAUGACUCCUGAAGAAAGAAAUAAAGCUGAAAAAGAAAUUGAAGAGGCAAAGAAGCAUCAUAACGAACAUGAAGAAUUAAAACACCCAGGAGGGCGGGAACAACUUGAAGAAGUUUGGGAAGAAAGAGAUCAUGACACGCAAGUUCAAGCUCCUGAAGGCCAAAAGGAUGAAGGUUGGAAGGAUUUGGGCGAUCAGAAAAUUUAUACAGAUGAGGAAUUGGCCCGUUUUGAGAAGGAAUAUGCACAAAAACAAGUAUUAUUAUUUUUUAAUUGUACUAGGUCAUGGUCAUCAAUUAUUUUUAUUUGUUUGUUUACUAGUAGUAGUCCUUUUUAAAUAUUCAAUUAAUUGCUAAUAAAUUAAAAAUAUUGGACUUUUCGGCGCAGAGUAUUUUGGGCGUGCAGCUUUAUAAUUUAGGUAGAUUUAAACUUAGAGGUGUGAAAUUUUGUUCAGAAAUCCCUCAUAAUGUUAGCUUUUAUUGUUAAAAAAUUAGACAUAAAGGUACUACAUAGAAAAAAAAUUUUUACGGACAGGAACCUUCGAUUUUACUGACAGCCGUCUUAGAUUGCUGCGAAAUAGGUUAUUUCUCACACAGCACAUUUAUUUCCUUAUAUUAUCAAAAUCUUUUUCCAAACAUUUUUCCCUAGGGAAUUGUCUCCACUUGUCUCCACAACCUUAAGGUAGCUUAUAUCGAAAUCUUAUAUCCAAAUCUCCCAUUUAUCCCACCUGAGACACGAAACUUGCUCCAAAAAUUUAACUAAAAUUUUUCCCUCAUUUAUUAUAGAAAAAUCUUUUAAAAAAUCAUAAAACAUUGAUUAUUAUAAAAAAAAGUAGACAGUCCACCACAACAAUCAUCCUUUCCCUCAAUACAUAUUUCCGCCCUCUACUUGCGCUAUUCAUAAUAUCGUUGCAAUUUUCGUGCCCUAUUGUUGUUGUCUUCUCUCCGCGCUUUUACUGAAAAAUGCUUUUUACUUUUUUAAAUUAAAUUGGGACAUUUUU